CAGGACAGGACAUUGACAUUUCAUUUUGUUCAUUUAAUUUAUAGUGAACUAAUAAAUCUAAAAAUUGAAUUAAAAAGGUUGUGGAAAAAUCUAAGGAAAGUCUAGUUCUCUCCUUUCAAAAUGAUGAAUCCAUCCUAUGCUAUACAGAGUACAGCUGGAGCUGUUCCUGUUAGAAAUGAGAAAGGUGAAAUUUCUAUGCAGAAAGUGAAGGUGCACAGGUAUGUCUCUGGAAAAAAGCCUGAUUAUGCUCAAGAUGUCCACUCGGAUAGUGGAAGUGAUGAUGAGGACUUUUUGGAUAAAAGAAAUCAACAAAAUAUAGCAGCUUCCCCUGAGCAUCCUAAGAGUGAUGAAGAACUGAAAGAUCCCAGGUUGAGACGUCUCAAAAUAGCAGAGAUCGAAACAGAACAUCGACCAGAAAGACGAAGGCACACCAUUGAAGCCGAAGUUUUGGAAUCUUCUGAUGAGGAAUCGGAACUAGAAGAGCAGUCAACUUUAGUUGAGCAUAAACACAUGCUUGAAGCUGGACCAGAUGAUGAUGAAUCGGAAGCAGAGUUAAGUGACACUGAAAUUGAACGUAGGAGAGAAUUAUUAAAACAAAAAAUGAUAACGAAAGCUGAGGAGGAGUAUUUGGUCAAAGAAGAUGAAAAAUCGGAUUCUGCUUCAGAAGAGUCUUCAGAAUAUGAAGAAUAUACAGAUUCAGAAGAAGAGACUGGUCCAAGGUUGAAGCCGAUAUUUGUCAGAAAAAGAGAUAGAAUAACAAUUAUUGAAAAGGAAAAAGAAGAACAGAAACAAAAGCAAAUGGAGCAGGAGGAAUUGAAACUAGCUGAAGAAAGGAGAAGGCAAUCAUUGAGACUGGUAGAAGAAACUAUUAGAAAAGAGCAACAGCAAGUUUCAAAAGAAAAUAACGAACCCAACCUAAAUGAGGUGAAUACAGAUGAUGAGAACGAUGAAAUUCAGUAUGAAGCUUGGAAACUCAGGGAAUUGAAAAGGGUUAAAAGAGACAGGGAAGAAAGAGAGGCUAUAGAAAAAGAAAGACUAGAAAUAGAGCGGUUGAGAAAUAUGACAGAGGAAGAGAGACGAUUGGAACUGCGAUUGAACCCUAAACAGGUCACUAAUAAAGCAGUCAAAGGUAAAUACAAGUUCUUGCAGAAAUACUAUCACCGAGGUGCCUUCUAUCUCGAUAGGGAGGAUGAAGUGUUCAAACGAGAUUUUGCUCAAGCAACUCUGGAAGAUCACUUUGACAAAACUGUUCUUCCCAAAGUCAUGCAAGUUAAGAACUUUGGCCGAUCAGGACGAACAAAGUAUACUCAUUUGGUCGAUCAAGAUACAACACAGUUCGAUUCACCUUGGUCUAAUGAAACUCCACAGAAUGUGAAAUUCCAUAGUAGUCAAGCUGGUGGUGUUAAACCAGUAUUUCAGAAGCCUUCUUUGAAAAAACGGAAAGCGGAAUAAUUCAAUUUAAAAUUUAUGGUGUAUAUAUAAUUGUAUUAUAAGAAUAGGAAUAAAGAUAAUUUAUAAGAAA